GCACAGCAUGAAGCCACAGCCAGAUCCAUGAUGCAGAGCGGGAAAGACCAGAUAAGGUGCACCAGUGUAAGCAGUGUAACUAUGUGUCUGCGUACAAGAGCAGUCUGACAAGACACAUGGCCAGACAUUCUCUCGUGAAGCCUUUCAAAUGCGGACAUUGCGACUACUCGGCUAUAACCAUGACGCAGAUGCACACGCACAUAGCUAAGCACACAGGUAUCAAGCAGUACUCCUGUGACCUUUGCUCCUACAGCACAGCCAACAAACAGCACCUGACGAACCACAUGUCCAAGCAUUCCAACCUACGCUACAAAUGCAACGCCUGCGGUCACAUAACGGCCUGGAAGGACCGCAUGCGCGUCCAUCUCAAGCAGCAUGAACAGGGACGGAUCGUCGGCCGGUCGGUCAAGUCGUCACUUCAGCCACACGGCUCAACAGGGCUCCAGGUUCUGUCAGGAGAGGGCGGUCAGUUGGUCACUACCGAUGGUCAAGUUCUGCAGGUGUUGAAUGUUAUAGGCAGUGAUGGCACUCAGCACAUCGAGGGAAGUGAGACAUUGGUCGUUAUGAAUCAGCUAGCAGAUAGAAUACAGGAGGAGUUCAUUGCGAUCGGUGAGGGGGAAGACCAGGGGGAGGCAGUCGGCCAAGGGGAAGAGCAGAGUGAGGUACAGAAUGAAGAUGAUGGGAUCGCUGUUGGAGGAGAGGAAAUAAUUGGUAAUCAACAGGAGCAGAUAGUCGAGAGUGAGGCACAACUGGUCAGCCAAGGAGAGAGUGAAGAUGGGACCUUAAUGAUUGUCACAGAUCAUGACGGGUCUGAUUUACAUUUGCGCCUUACUGGUACUGGAUUACAGAGUUCAAAGGUCGGAUCUGUGGGUUUAGAACUAUGCAAUGAGAGUACUAUCACAUCCACAGCAGUCAGAUUGAGAAAUGCCACCGCGACAGUUACGGAAAUAUCAGGAGAGGCAACAUGACACAGGCUAAUUGCGGUUCAGUAGAUAUUCUCCCGUAUAGGUUCUCCUGCUUCUUCUUUUGAAGACUUUGUAGGCAGAUGUGAGAGGUCUCCCUACUUUUUGCAGAUACAUGAAGUACCUCUCUUUGUAGAGAUGUGAUGGUAUAGGAAUGAUAAUAUUGAUAUUAAUAGUAAUAUUUCUAAUGAGGAUAGUAUUGAUGAUUUUAUAUAAUAUUCCACAUACUAAGAAUCUUGCUCUACAAUUGGUCAAAAGUAAAUCAUGUGAUGAAAACUAGUUUGCCCAUCAUUGAUGGGAGAAGAAAAGUUUGUUACACUGUUUCACUGAAGGCAAUUUAAUUGUAUACGUUGCGUAUACGUACGUAAGUACUGCAUGCACUGUACGUAUCUUUACCGUUUGCUAGCUGUUAAUUAAUGACUUGUUGCUCUAAAAUGACGGAAGAAGCAAAUGUUUCU